UCGCAGAACUGGGCAUUUCUGACGAGAUUCUGCUUUCUGUCACUGCAAGGCCAUUUCAUUUACGAGUUUCAGUACCCAGUGGAAUAUGGCCCGCAGAACCUGCUCUUGUAUUAUGACGAGAAGGACCAGUGGCCUGCUGUUUAUAAAAAACCAAAGAGCUGUUCACAAAAGGAGGCCGUGCUCAAAGUGGCUAAUGGCCAGAUAGUGAACUUAACAGACCACUUCGAAUGGUCAAAGUGCGACAUCCUCGAUGGUGUCUACCACUGCAAAGACAAGAGGCGCUUCAAGUCGGCAAGGGAGAGAUGGUGGUUCAUUGCGAUCAGCAACUGCAACGCGAGCAAGGGACUCUACCUGGAGUACACACUGGAGUUGUACAACGACGACUCAAACUUCUGGUACAAGCAUUUCUCGGCGGACGAAUUUCACAUACUCCACACGGACAUUGGUGCAUUCUUUGUCUAUAUUAUUCUCUUCGUUGCAAGCUGCUACGGGGCAUGUGUACUGUUUUCUCGCAGCUACCUGCACACAACGUACAAGAUGUUCAUGGUGUCCGUACUCUGCCAAUUGCUAAGCCUUCUGUGCUUGGUCACGUACUACGCCAUGUAUGCCGAUGACGGAAUCGGAAUUCCUCAGCUGAAGCUUCUUGGCAGGGUGCUGUCGUCAAGCAGCACGCUUGUGUUCCUCCUGCUCCUUAUACUGGUGGCGAAAGGCUACACUGUAACCCGAGGCAGACUGAAACCCAGUACGUCAGCCAAAAUCGGGACUUUCAUGACACUGUACGUGGUCGUGUACACGGCGCUCUUCAUCUAUGAACGUCAGUACUUCGACCCUGGAGAAGUGCUGUACCUAUACGAGAGCCCAGCCGGCUACGGCAUCGUGGCGCUGCGGCUUGUCGGUUGGGGCUGGUUCGUGUACGCCACUGUGUUCACGCUGCUUCACUACCCGGAGAAGACGGCCUUCUACACGCGGCUGUUCCUCCUCUACACGGUCUGGUUGCUCUCGGCACCCGUCAUCAUUUUGAUUGCAGCCUUUGUGGUGCCAAAGUGGAUGCGAGAGAAAGUCAUCAAUGUCGUCGAGCUCAUGGUCAUCUUCUUCGCCCACAUCGUCUUUGUCAUCUUGACAAGGCCGUCGAAAGCCAACAAGAACUUUCCUUUCCACGUCAGGACCACGCAGGUGGACGUUGUACAGCAUCCAACCAUAGGUGUCAUCUCCGAGAACUACAUCGACCGGUUUCCGCACCACGCGUACGCGCCCACAGAGACCGUGGUCGCUGAGCCCCCAGCGGGCACAGUCGCCGCAGUGGCAGCGAUCGACUAUGCGACACUCUUCGGUGGCGCUGCUAGACACGAGCACGAGAACAACAAUUGGCAGCAAUUGAAAAAUUAUCCGAAUCAACUCAGUGUGACACACAUGCUCGACCACUUGAACGGACACCCAGGGGGAAGCAUGUCUUCACCGACGCGUGUUGCACAUCCCACAGAAGAGGAUUCCGAAGAAUCGCCAGCGGCACCUGGCGACAACACUGGCCUCCCAGAGACAACUCCGGGCGUGCGCGAGCAUUUAAUAUAA